CAAAGUUGGACUUUUUAAACAGUUUAUUUUCAUAUGGAUUAGUACUUCCGAGUUUAGUCACUUUAUUCUUUCCACGGAAUCGUUUGUUGAAUUUUCUUUCUUGUUGGUAUUUUCAGUAAACCUGACAAUGUGGGCCAUCAAACGUUCGUAUUUCCUGGUUGCUGCUUUUAUACUCCAAGCUAGUUGUGACAACAACAAAGUCUGUGAGAUGAAGGAAUGGACAGAAUGUCAGUUCGCUAGUUCAUGUAUUUGCAAAAAUAUUCAUGAUUCAGAAGAACUUGUAGCGGAUUGUUCCAACAAGAAUCUACUUCGUAUACCUAGAUUACAAAACAAUCUUCAAGAUUUAUCGCUGCAAAAUAAUGCAAUCAGUACAAUACAAGAUGGGAUUUUCGAAGGAAAUUAUUUAUUGAAGUUUUUGGAUCUGUCUUUCAAUAGACUAAGUAAAAUACGCAAAAAAACAUUUAAAGGACUCAAAAAUUUACUUUCGUUAGAUCUCAGUGCCAACAAUUUGAAAUAUGAAAAAAUGUCGUUUGAAAGUUCUGCCUUUCAUGUUUUGGAGAACUUGCAGAUUUUGAAUAUGAAAAACAAUUUCCACACUUUUAUUCUUGCCAGAUUUAUGGAGACUUCGGACAUUAGAAUUACUGUCAAUAGAUUAUGUAUCGGACAAAAUUGCAGUUCUUUCUGACAAUUUUAUACAUUUGAAACACUUAAGAAGCUUAGAUCUAUCCGGUUCUACUGGUAAUUGCACAAUGCACAUACUUACAGAGGCAACCUUCUUGUCUCUUUCUCAAUUAACCCAUAUCAAUCUGUCUAAAUGCAAAAUACAAUAUAUCUACAAAGGAACUUUUGAAAGUUUGAAAAAUAUUUCGGAGCUUGAUGUCUCUUUUUAUACUUGUUUGAGGUUCGCGGGGCUUGAAAAUAUAACCACAGAUUUACAAUAUACCGCAAUCAAAAUUCUUAAAGUAAACUACAUUCAUAGUACUUACGAAAUGAGCACACUACUGAAGACUUCCCACAUUCGGAAUUUAAGAAACACAUCUCUUGCUAGAUUUGAAGCCGCUGGAAACCGUAUUCAAAGAGUAGAAUAUGGGGCCGCGAAGUACUUUCCGAAAUCAUUUGAAAGUGUGAAUGUAAGGGACAACGCUUUUUCCUUCGGCAAAUAUCUUUUUGAUUUAGUUAGACUACCAAUAACAUCUUUAGAUAUUUCAGAAAUUUCCUUUUCACAUAAUGUUCUCACAAGCUACAUAGAGACAUGUGAUUCUCAAUCAGAUACUUUUACAAUGAAUUCCGAAAAUAACUGGUUGUCCAAUUUACGUUCACGCUUUGAUUUCCAUUAAAAAAAAUUUGAUCAUUUUGUUGCCCGACUGCCAGUACCAAGAAAACUAAGAAAAAUAUCACUUACGUCAAGCAAAUUGAAAUUUGAAAUACCAAAAUUCGGAUUUAUUACGAAUGAAUUAACAAAUCUUAAUUUUAGUGACAAUAUCUUGCACACAUGGACAGGCCCUAUAACAAAUGUAAAUAACAUGACAGUAUUAGACUUAUCGUCGAAUUUUUGUUCUAAUGUUUCAAAGAUAUUUUUCAGCGAAGAUUUUAUCAACUUAAGAUAUUUAUUACUACAAAAUAAUCUGUUGGGACUCAUUCUACCAAUGGAUGUCUAUGGAGAAAUAUUGCAGAAUCUUCAGAACGUAGUUCACAUUAAUCUCUCAAAAAAUAAAAUAUCAAAUAUACCAUAUCUGUUAUUUAAAAAGCAAGCACAUCUAGAAAGAUUAGACCUCAUUGAAAAUAUUAUUGAUGAUAUAAAUUUAAAAUUUCUCAUAUGAAAAAGCUCAUGUUUUUGAAUUUAAGAAAAAAUAGAAUAUCUAUGCUGAGUAAAUAUGCCAUCAACGGAUUGGACUCAAUAGCCAAUAUGAACACAAAUCUAACCGUUGAUCUUAGUGGAAAUAAUCUUGUAUGCAAUUGUGAUUCUCUGUCUUUCGUCAAAUGGAUAAUUCACACACCUACUUAUCUUCAUAAUCGUGAAGAAUACGAGUGUAAGACAUCACAAAACUCGAUCAGUCUUCUUCGAAACCCAAGCGAAAUUUACGAAACAAUACAAAAGGAAUGUAUGUCAUAUGAAGGUUUAAUAAUUGGAGUAACGACAGUUAUUUUAACGUUUAUUUUUAUACUUUGUGGUGGUAUUGUUUACAGAUAUAGAUGGAAAGUACGCUAUUUUUACUACAUGGUCAAAGUGAAAUGGCAUGACCCCGAACAUAAAUCCGUCAACAAAGAUGAAAAACUAUAUAUGUAUGAUGCGUUCGUGUCAUAUGCCAACGAAGAUCAUACAUUUGUCCACAAAACACUUCUUCACAAAUUAGAGAAAAAUGGUGGGGUUCAAUUGUGCUUGCAUAGGCGUAAUUUCCUUCCUGGUAAUGACAUCGCCACGAACAUAACAUCCGCAAUUCAUAAUAGCCGCAAAACAAUUGUCAUAAUGUCUUCAAACUAUUUAGCUUCGUACUGGUGUAUGUUCGAAUAUAAUAUGGCUAAAAUGGAGAGUAUAUAUGAACGUAAUUGUGAGAACAUUCUUUUCCUAGUAUUUUACGAGCAAAUUUCUGCUUGUGAUCUUCCACUUCAAAUAUCGGAACUGGUUCAUUGUCAAUCAUAUAUUGAGUAUCCAAAUGAUGAGUACGGUGACGUUGUCUUUUGGGAACAGCUUAUAAGGGCAAUCAAAUCUUACUAGUGAAUAUGUCCUCUAUUUAACGCCAUGUAUCGUUAAUUAUGUACAAGGACUUCCGGUCUUCUUUGAGUUUUUAUUUGUGUUUAAUUAGAUGUUUUGUUUAGAGACAAUAUCUAAAUAUGAUAAAAAUAAAUUAAUGAUUUCCUUUUCAUGUCAGUUAACCAUUUGUGUUACAAUUUUGCCAUACUAACCACAUACAUGUAUAUAAAACUAAAAACAUACCGUGCUUGAAAGAGUUUUAAUUUGAAUAAAAGAUUAGCAAAUA